AUGGCUAUAAAAGACUUGCAAAAACAGAUGGGACAGUUGACUACAGAUAUGAAUCAACUAAAAGCACAGACUUCGACAAAGUUGUCAUCACAAACUUUUGUGAAUCUAAUAGAGAAUGUUAAUGCAAUGCUUUUGAGGAGUGGUAAGCAAACAGAAGAGCCAAAGAAACAAGAAAAGGUUAGUCACGACUUGGAAAAGGAUGUAGAGGUGGAAACCGUUCCAAAGGAAAAUCCAACCUCAACCGGCCAACCUAAGGACACGAUUCCUAAUUUUACCACACCUCCUUUUCCUAGUCGUUUUGUGAAGUCUAAGAAGCAAGUUCAAGAUGAGGAGAUUCUAGAUAUUUUGCGCAAGCUACAAAUCAAUAUCCCAUUUAUUGAAGCCAUCAGAUUGGUACCCAGGUAUGCCAAGGUUUUGAGGGAUUUGUGUACAAAGAAUGAGAGGUUGAUUCCUAAUGAAAUCACUCAGGUGGGCGAAAGUGCUUCUGCUAUGUUACUUAAGAAGAUGCCUGCAAAGUGCAAAGAUCUUGGGGGUUUCACCGUGCCAAUUACUAUUGGUACCAAGAGGUUUGAGCGUGCUUUACUUGAUUUGGGAGCUUCCGUAAGCGUUAUGUCAAUCGAUGUUUAUGAUUCUUUGAACCUGGGGCCUUUAAAAGAGACAGGGAUUGUCAUUCAACUAGAUAAUAAGUCUAACAUAUAUCCUAAGGGACUCAUGGAAAACGUUUUGGUGCAAGUGAAUGAACUGAUCUUUCUGGUUGAUUUCUUUGUAGUGGAUAUGCAUAAUGGAGAUAAUUGUUCGUCUACUUCAUUACUUCUUGGUAGACCAUUUAUGAAAACUGGAAAGACGAAGAUUGAUGUCGAUAGUGGGACACUUACUAUGGAGUUUGAUAAAGAAAUUAUACACUUUAAUAUUUUUGAAGCAAUGCAGUAUCCGAGUGAUGUCCACUCUGUCUUCUCUAUUGAUGUUGUUGAUUCGUUAGAUCAUAAGGUGUUUGAUGAUCGUGGGAGUAAGCUAGACUCCCAUAAUUUACCACUUUUGGACAUGGACUUGGAUGCUGAAUUUUUGGAAAAUUGUGGUGCUUUUGCGCCACAACAGAAAUUCCAAUUUGAUACUUCUACUUGUAUGCCUUUGCCCAUUAUUGAUGAAAUUGUUUUAUAUUUUGUUGUGCAGGCACUCAAAUUAGAACCUAAGCCUCCUUACCACUUUACGUAUCCUUACUUGGGUGACGGGGAAAAGCACAAGGAAUUAUGGGAGGUUCAAAGCGAUAAGGUGAAUGUAGACUCCCUUGAGUUUCACGAUUUGCUCCCUCUGGAGGAGUAG